AUGGCCAUGGAUCACGGUCGGGACCCAUGUCCCUGGGUCAUUCUGAAUGACUUCGGUGGUGCUUUCGCCAUGGGAGCAAUCGGCGGCACGAUCUGGCACGGCAUCAAAGGCUUUCGCAACAGCCCCUACGGCGAGCGGCGGAUAGGCGCCAUCACAGCUGUCAAGAUGCGCGCGCCCGUAUUAGGCGGCAACUUCGGCGCCUGGGGUGGCAUCUUCAGCUUGGCCGACUGCGCCGUCAAGGGCGUCCGGCAAAAAGAGGAUCCGUGGAACGCCAUCGGGGCGGGCUUCCUGACGGGCGGCGCGCUGGCGAUACGGGGCGGGUUCAAGUCGGCGAGGAACGGCGCCAUCGGGUGCGCUGUGUUAUUGGCGGUGAUCGAGGGUGUCGGCAUUGGUUUCCAGAAGAUGAUGGCGGGCAGCACAAAAUUGGAGGUCCCCAUGCCGCCACCAUCACCGAACGGCGAGCAAGUGCUAGCAUAA